AGGAUUGAGCGCGAGAGAGAGAGAGAGAAAAGCCGGCUCCGCCAUCUUGGAAAAUAACCGUCCUCCUCCAUUAUCGGCGAUAACACACACGCACACACCAUCACCCACCCCCCCCACCCCCUUCUCCCUCUCUCCCUCCCCCCUCCCCAACCCCCUCCCUUCAAAUCCCCGAGCGGCAAAAGAGAGCCGGGCGCCCGGGCGAGACGGAUUGAGGUGGAUUGAGGGCGGAUGGCCCCGGCGUCGGUCGCGGGGAGGGAGAGAGGAGAGGAGAGGGAAGCCUGAGGCCUGCACGGACCGCCCGCCCGCGCGAGCGCCCAGCGACGAUCAUCGGCCGCCGCCAUUUUGCACCAAACACGGGGACGGUCAUCGGGAGAUAUAAAUAUUUCUACUGGGGGCCCCUCCGUUUCUUUCCUAAGUUCCUGGAAUGUCCUGGGAUACACUAGGACCCGUGUCGUAUCUUAACCAAACAUCGUGGAAGGAGAGAUUACAGACCUCAGGGAGACUGCACAGCAUCCAGGUGGGGUGUUCUUCAGUGGCAUCGAGCAGAGGCUGGGUCAGCAGGGGACCCAGUACCUGGACAGCUCGUCCCCGAGACCGGCUGUCCAGAAUGUGGUCAGCACCCAGUAUGCCCUGCAGCAGGUCCCCGGCACUUUGGCCACGCUGGAGUUCACGGAGGGUCUCAGCAUCAGCGGUGGAGCUGGUGGGUGUAAGAUGCAGACCAACUCUCCUCUACACUACAACACACACCACAAUCAGAUUGCACACAGCAAGGAGAGAAUGACUGGCAGCAGCCCAGUCUCGCCUGCUUCCUCGCCGGCCUCCAGCGCCGGCGGCUCCCCCGCUCACGUGGGGUCGCUCACCAAUGACUCGCUGGACGGACCGGCCGCCUUCGCCUCGCCCAAGCUGCCGGCGGCGGCGGAGGAGCUGGCCUGCGGGCUGUGGGUGCCUGACCUCGGGCCCUGCUGUAACCAGGCCGUGAAGGGGCAGGCCUGGGACAAGGCACACGCUGAGAUAGCGGAGCAGGCCAAGCAUGAGGCCAAGAUUGAGCAUCGUAUCGCUGAGCUGCGGCGGGAGGGCCUGUGGUCCCUGAAGAGACUGAACCGGGUCCAGGAAGCUGCCAGGCCCAAGUCCCACUGGGACUACCUGUGUGAGGAGAUGCAGUGGCUGUCGGCCGACUUCGCCCAGGAGCGCCGCUGGAAGCGUGGCGUCGCCAGGAAGGUGGCCCGCACAGUCCUGCGUUUCCACGAGGAGCAGAGACAGAAAGAGGAGAAGGCCAAGAGGGACGAACAGGUCAAGCUGCGGCGGAUUGCUGCCUCCAUCGCCAAAGAUGUCAAGCAGUUCUGGACCAACGUGGAGAAGGUGGUGCAGUUCAAGCAGCAGUCCCGCCUGGAGGAGAAGCGGAAGAAGGCCCUGGACCUGCAGCUGGACUUCAUCGUGGGCCAGACUGAGAAAUACUCGGACCUGCUGAGCCAGAGCCUCAACGAGUCGCUGCCGGCCAGCAAGCCCGGCUCCUCCCAGCUCGGUUCCUCCCUGGCUGGCUCGGCACCUUCCACACCUCCCGUCUCCGGCUCGGCCACCGAGGAUGAAGACUUCCAGCCCCAUGAGGAGGAGGACGACGAGGAGACGAUAGAGGUGGAGGAGAAGCAGGCCGGCAACGACGACGAGACCCGGCGGCGGGAGAUAGAGCUGCUGCGGCGGGAGAGCGAGCUGCCCCUGGACGAGUUACUGCGCUCGUUGCCUGCCGGCCUGGUGGAGCAGGAGGGCGACAACGAUGAGGAGGAGGAGGAAGAGAGUGGCGAGAGCAGCGGUAGUGAGUCCUCAGAAGAACACAGGCCCAGGAGGGCGUUCCAGAACGCGCACCGAUUCCCAACAAAGGAUAAACACGGGAGAGAGGCCAAUGACGAGGAGUUUACAGCGGACGAGCGUGAAGCUGAGGAUGAGGAGGAGACCAUCGAGAUGGAGGAGGCGCUGGAAGGUGAGGUGGAUCACAAAGAGGAGCUCGAUGACCUCGCCAAGGAAAGUGUGAUGCCUGUGGAAGACUUGCUGAGGAAGUACACCGGGGCUUUCUCUGAUUCCUUCGAGACACCAGAUUCUGACUCUGAUGACAGUUCAGACUCGGAGGAGGAAGAUGACGAGACUACCACGGAAUAUGAGGAGGAGGAAGAAAGCAGCAGCUCAUCAGGCUCUGAGGACUCGAGUGCCACGGAUGAGGACGAGGAUGAAGAUGAGGACGAUGACGAGGAGGACGACCCUGAUGAGGACAUUGGGGUGGAGUACCUGAUCCAGGGGGAGGAUGGAGAUGGCGAGCUGAACCGGGAACUGGCCCCAGGCGACGCCAGGGGGCCCAAGAAGGAGAUCACCGACAUCGCGGCUGCUGCAGAAAGCCUCCAGCCCAAGGGCUACACCUUGGCCACAACCCAGGUGAAGACCCCCGUCCCCUCACUACUGCGUGGGACCCUCCGUGAGUACCAGCACAUCGGCCUCGACUGGCUGGUCACCAUGUACGAGAAGAAGCUCAACGGGAUCCUGGCCGACGAGAUGGGCCUCGGCAAAACCAUCCAGACCAUCGCCCUGCUCGCCCACCUGGCGAUAGAGAAAUGCAACUGGGGUCCCCACCUGAUCAUCGUGCCCACGAGUGUGAUGCUCAAUUGGGAGAUGGAGUUCAAACGUUGGUGCCCCUCCUUCAAGAUCCUUACCUACUACGGUGUGCAGAAGGAGCGGAAACUCAAACGCCAGGGCUGGACCAAGCCAAAUGCCUUCCACGUCUGUAUCACCUCGUACAAACUGGUGCUCCAGGAUCACCAAGCGUUCCGCCGCAAAAACUGGAAAUAUAUGAUCCUGGACGAGGCCCAGAACAUCAAAAACUUCAAGUCCCAACGCUGGCAGUCACUCCUCAACUUUAACAGCCAGCGUCGCCUCCUGUUGACUGGGACGCCGUUGCAGAACAGCCUGAUGGAGCUCUGGUCCCUCAUGCACUUCCUGAUGCCGCACGUCUUCCAGUCACACCGAGAGUUCAAGGAGUGGUUCUCCAACCCGCUGACGGGCAUGAUCGAGGGCAGCCAGGAGUACAACGAGAACCUCGUCAAGAGGCUACACAAGGUUCUCCGACCGUUCCUCCUCCGCAGGAUCAAAGUGGAUGUGGAGAAACAGAUGCCAAAGAAAUAUGAGCACGUGGUGCAGUGUCGCCUCUCCAAACGGCAGCGGUACCUGUACGACGACUUCAUGUCCCAGGCUUCCACCAAGGAGACGCUGGAGACGGGCCACUUCAUGAGUGUCAUCAACAUCCUGAUGCAGCUCCGGAAGGUGUGCAACCACCCGAAUCUCUUUGACCCCCGGCCCAUCCACUCCCCCUUCAUCACCCGGGGCAUCUGCUACACCACCGCUUCCUGCGUCGUCCGGGUCCUGGAGCACCAACCCUUCAAGCAGGUGGAUCUGAGCAUCUUCGACCUGAUCAACAUCGAAGGUCGGCUGUCCCGCUAUGAGUCUGAAGUCUUCCUGCCCAAACACACGGUCACCAAGAAGCUGAUUGAGGAGAUUGCUGAUGCUCCCGAUCCCCCUCCCCGUCCCAAACCUGUCCGCAUGAAGGUCAACAGGAUGCUGCAGCCCAACCAGAAGCCUGACGGCCGGACAGUGUUGCUGGUGAACAGUCCCCGGCCCCCAGCCCCGGCAGUGCAGUCUGCCCCCCAGCCCCAGCCGCGGCCCUCGGGAGGCGGGGUGGCAGAGCUGCUCCAUACCGUCCAGGGAGGGACCGCCUCGCUCCAGACGGUGGUCAGUCCAGUCAGCCAGACUGUCAUCCCCUCGCAGGGUUUGUCGACGACUCCUCUGAGCCUCCCCCUGGCGGCAGCAGGUCCUCCCCGGACCGUCCUCGCCCACAGCCGGCCUCCGGUUCCCUCGGCUCACGUCACCACCCUCCCCGUGAACGCAGCCCGGCCUUUCCCGCUCUCGGCGCUGAGGGUGGCCCCAGCCUUGCAGCAGCAGCAACCGGGCACGGCGGCGUACACCGUGCAGGGGGCGGUGGCGGCCGCCUCCUCCUCUGUCCUGGCACACCCUCCCCCUCCUCCCCCUCCCCCACCCCCUCCUCCUCCCCCACCCCCUCCUGCAGCCGCUCUCUCCUCCUCCUCUCCUGUCGGCCUGCCGCAGCGCUUCGUCCUUUCCCCAGACCUCCAGGCCCGACUGCCCACGGGCGAGGUGGUGAGUAUCGGUCAGUUGGCAUCUCUGGCUAACCAGCAGUCCGGCCACCCGGUCAAUCCAGGCAGCAAGCCCGUCACCUUCCAGAUCCAGGGCAACAAGCUGACGCUGGCGGGAGCCCAAGUCCGGCAAGUGGCUGUCAGCCAGCCUCGGCAGCUGCAAGGUAACAUGGUUCACUUGGUGUCGACUGGCAGGCAUCACAUCAUCGGGCAGCCUGCCCAGCUCGCGCUCAUUCAGGCCAUGGCACAGCAGGCUGCCCAGCCGGCAGUGGGAAUCCAGGCACCGCUGCAGACGGUCACCGGGACUCAGUCUGCCAUCUCCACCGCUGCUGCUUCGCCUGGGCUGGCAGUGCCAAUCGCAGCUGCACAGGUCCCUGCGUCAGUGGUGACCACCUCCAGCGUGGUGAAGAUUGUGGUUCGCCAGGCGCCCAAGGAAGGCUUCCCGCUGGCCGUGCACUCGCCGCGACCCCUCGCCGUCUCCGCCGCCCGCUUCCCGGCCACCGUGGUGAGCCCGGGCCGUGUCCAGCUGCCCGUGGGCGCGCUCACCCUCACCACGGCUGCUCCCCGCCCGGUGCUGAGGGUGCUUCACACACCGCCUGUGAACACUGAGCAAGCUGCUCCCACUGUGACCCGGCUGGUGGUGUCCAGUCCCAACCAGGUUGAGAAGGAAGACUGCGAGCUGCCGACGUUACGGCCGGUGAUCGCCCGUCCGGCGGCCGCUCCAACUCCGGUCGAGCCGGUCACCACGUCUACCUCACUGGCUGCCCUCCGGCCCAGGCGGCACCAGGCGCAGCCCGUCAAGUCCCCCUUCAAACUGGAGGCCCUGGAACAGAAGCGCAGGCAGCAUCGGCAAGAGCGGCUGGAACGGAUCGUGGCGGUGAACGACCGCCGGUGUGCAGCCGCCCCGGUCUACGGCAGCGAGCUACUGCGGCUGUGUGCCUUCGUGGAGCAGGCCCGCUCAGUGGGGGUGGAUAGCCCCCCCGAGGGCACGGGCUGGCGGGGCCUGGGCUACGCUCACUGCCUGGCCGCCCAGGUCAGCAGGGAGGCGCGGCAGCCUGAGGCGUACUGGAGGAGCACACGGGCGCUGGGCGCAGCUGUCCACAACCCUGAGGAACGCCUCGAGGAACUCGCAGACAUCAUUGACAGGUUUAUUUUUGUUAUACCUCCUGUGGAGGCCCCGGCAAUCCAAAUGCACGUGUCGCACCCUCACCCGUCCUCCCUGCACCAGCAGUUCCUGCUGGCCGAUGCACUACACCGGGAGCUCUCGCCCAGGACGAGCCGGCUCCAUCGCACCAUCUGUAACAUGAGGACCCAGUUCCCUGACCUGCGGCUGAUUCAGUACGACUGCGGCAAGCUGCAGGUGCUGGAUGUCCUGCUCCGACAGCUGAAGAUGGGCGGUCAUCGCGUGUUGCUGUUCACACAGAUGACCCGCAUGCUGGACAUUCUCGAGCAGUUCCUCAACUUCCACGGUCACAUCUACCUGCGACUGGACGGCAGCACCAAGGUGGAGCAGCGUCAGAUUCUGAUGGAUCGAUUCAACGCUGACAAACGCAUCUUCUGCUUCAUCCUGUCGACCCGCAGCGGUGGGGUCGGGGUUAAUCUCACCGGCGCUGACACGGUGCUGUUCUACGACAGUGACUGGAACCCCACCAUGGACGCCCAGGCACAGGAUCGCUGUCACCGCAUCGGGCAGACCCGAGAUGUGCACAUCUACAGGUUGAUCAGCGACCGGACGGUGGAGGAGAACAUCUUGAAGAAAGCCAAUCAGAAACGGAUGUUGGGAGACCUAGCCAUCGAAGGAGGCAAUUUCACCACCGCCUUUUUUAAAGAGCAGACUAUCCGAGAGCUGUUUGACCUGCCCACGGAGGAGCCGAAGAAGGAGCUGGCCCCCCUGACGUUACCCCCCUCACAGCCCGAAGAGGAGGAUUCCAUGUCGGCUAAGCAGACUCUCAUCCUGGAGCAGGCGCUGUGCAGAGCGGAGGAUGAGGAGGAUAUCCAAGCUGCCUCACAGGCCAAGGCAGAGCAGGUGGCUGAGCUGGCUGAAUUCAAUGAGAACAUCCCCCUGGACGGAGAGGACAGCUCUACGCGAGAGGACGAGGAGGAGUUGUCCAAAGCCGAGCAGGAGAUUGCAGCGUUGGUCGAGCAGUUAACACCGAUAGAGCGAUACGCCAUGAACUACCUGGAGGCCUCCCUCGAAGCAAUCAGCAAGGAGGAGCUGAAGCAGGCUGAGGAACAAGUGGAGGCAGCCAGGAAGGACCUGGACCAGGCCAAGGACGAGGUGUGGAAGUGGACGGAGGACGAUGAGAACCGGCUGAACGAGGAGCUGCGGCUCAAGAGGCAGAAGAAGGCUCGCCAUCCACCCAAGGCCCAGGGCGAGAGGCUGGGCACGCGGACCAGCGAGAGGCUGAGGGGCGCUCGCAAACAGCAGCUGCAGCCUCCCCGGGAGCCGUCACCGGCGAAGCCCACGGUGGUCUGUGGGCCCCUGAGUUACGAGGGUCCGGUGUCCAGCCGUGACCUUCAGAUCCACAUCAGCGCCGAGCUGCCUGAGGAGCUGUUCGAGGAUGAGCCUCCGCCAGCCCCCAUCCGUGAGGAGCUGCCCCCUCCAGAUCCAGCCCCCCCGGCCUCUCCCUCUUCACCCACUGCAGGCCCCCUCACCAACGGGCACACCGCCCUGCCUCAGGGGAUGACCCGGCAACAGGGGGCCCAGAACCCACCUUCCCCCGAUCUGCCCCCUGACAGCCCCUGGCCUGAGGAGCUUCGGGGUCAGAGGGCCGAGGGGGAGCCGCUGCCUCUGCCCCAAAACCCAAGGACACUCGUGCCCCUGGAGACGGCAGGUGAAAGGUCGGAGGAGCUUGUGUCUAUGGCGUCCGUCACCCUGGAGACGGGAGGCGGGGGGUCCAAGGUGGAGGAGAGCCUCCCUGUGAUUCCUGUCGCCCCGGAGAUGGCAGGUGAAAGGUCAGAGGAGAACCUCCCCGGGACUGUUGGCACCGUGGAGACAGGAGGUGGAAGGUCGGAGGUGGAGGAGCAUCACCUGGGUGCCACAGUCACCAUGGAGAUGGGGAGUGAAAGGUCAGAGGUGGAGUACUACCAGCUGGGUGCCUCAGUUACUGUGGAAAUGGGAGGUGAAAGGUCAGAGGUGGUGGAGGACCCCUUGGGCGCAUCGGUCACCGUGGAGACAGGAGGUGAAAGGUCGGGGGUGGAGGAGCACCACCUGGGAGCGUCAGUCACCGUGGAGACGGGAGGUGAAAGGUCAGAGGUGGACGAUCAUUUCACAAGGACAUUGGUUGCCCCAGAAACAGGUGGUGAAAGGUUGCAGGUGAAGGAUCAGCACGAAGGGACGUCGGUCACCAUGGUGAUGGGAGGUGAAAGGUCAGAGGUGGAGGAACACCUCCCAAAGACAAUUGGCACCACGGAGGUGGGAGGUGAAAGGUCAGAGAUGGAGGAGCACCUCCCAAGGACAUUGGUCUCCAUGGAAACGGGAGGUGAAAUGUCAGAGCUGGAAGAUCGUCUGCUGACCUCUGCCAGCCCGGAGAUGAAAGUUGAGAGGUUAGAGGUGACACCUCUCUCCAGGACCUUGCUCACUGCAGAGUUAGGAGGUGAGAGGUCACUGGAGGAGGAGGAGGUGCAGUUCCCUGCUGUUGGGAGUGAGCAGGCGGACUCCAGCUGCAGUGUGAGCCCUGCCAUUGGACCAGGGAGUCCAGUCAGUCAGCUGGCUCCCUGUGGUGUCUCUGAGCCUGUGGGAGUGAGCAGGACUCCCAGCCCCGGCAAGAAACUGGAACCAAGGCAGCUGGUGGCACCGUCGGGCCCUGGUACCGGGGGCAGGGGCAGGAGACCAAGGAGGACGGCCGACCAGGACCUAGUCCAUGGACCCGGGGCUCCCGGUGACGUUCAGCUGGCUGCCACCGUCCUGCGCAAGGUCCCGGGCCGUGUCAACGUCAUCGUGGAGCGGCGGGAGCCUGCCAAGCGACCGCGGCGGGUGGCUCGGCUGGAGGAGGGAGCUGGCCAGGUCUCUCCACCUGCCCUUCCCGCGCCGAGGAGCGAGGGGGUAGCUGCAGAUCCCCAGCCCUGUCCCGCCAAGAGACGGCGUCCGGCUGAGCCAGACAGUGGCCCCGGGCCGGGGCGGGCUGCUCGCUCCCAGGACCGGGAUCUCAGGCGGAGACCCCCCGGGGGCGCACCCUCCCCCUCCUGCCCUCCCCCUCCUCCCCCCUCCUCCACCUUCUCGCCACCUGCCUCCUCUCCAGCCAGCGAGGGUUCCCCCUCUCCCCCCGUGCACAGGUCCACCCGCCAACGGCCCGGCUGCCUCAUGCCCCCACUGGAACGCCGUCGGUACAAACCAAGGGGUCGCCGGGUUCCAGCAGCUUCCGCCGCCCGCCCCGAGGCUCCAGCCAGGGCCCGUGAGUCCGAGCCUCCCUCGACCUCCCGCUCGUCCUCCUCCUCCUCCUCAUCGUCGUCCUCUCCGUCCCCGUCCCCCUCUCCACCCACCAGCCCCGAUCGGUUCCUCCGUAGUCUGGCAGCUGCUGCCAAGAGUCCGGCCGCGAACACCCGCUCUGCCGGCAGCGUCCCUGCCCCGCCUCCCCCGGCCAAACGCAAGGGCCGCCCCCCUGCGGCCCGGCUCCCCCCGGCCAAGAGGCCGGCCCCAGGCCCGCCCCCCUCCACCCCUUCCCCCCUUCCUCCCGGCCCAGCCCCACGCAGGGGCCGGCCGCCCAAGAUCCAGCCCAGGAGAGGGCGCCCACCCAAGGUCCGGCCUCAGCCCCUUCCCCCUCCCCCUCCUGCUGCUGCUGCUCCCCCGCCCGGCCCACCACGCCGCCCCCGGGGCAGACCACCCUCCUCUCCCCCGAAGAGACGGGGGCGUCCCCCUCACAGUGCCACCGUGCUGGGCUCCCCCAGGCCUGGCCGGAAGCAGCAGGCCUGAGGGAGGGGGAACAGGCUUCACCUCACCUCGUCCCCGGGCUCAGGGCUGGGGAUAGCAGUGACUGACCCGGAGCUGUCAGGCAGGGCGCUGUGUGGGACUUGCCCUGUCCUUGGACCAAGGAAGCAGUUUGUGGCGUACAGGAGAGAAGCAGGGGGAGGGCUGUCUGCUCUCACCAACUCACCGUUACCUGGCUCUUGUUUUUCCACACGUUUGCUCCUUCCUCUCCCUCUCCCGCGCACCUCUCUCCUCCCUUCUCUGACCCAGUCGCAUCCUUCUCUGCUUCUCCCCCCGGCACUGUCUUGGUGCAGUAUCGGUUCAGUAUGAACAUGUGCAGCCCUCUGCCCCUCACGAGGGUUCUGUGCUUCUGUGCUCUCCUCCCCCCUGUCUCCAGCUCCAGCACGGUUGGCUUAUUCGUCUGUUCUUGGAAGUCAGCCCUUUAAACCAUCCCAUCAGGUACCCUGCAUGAUCUUCUGUGUCUUGUCUGCUCAUUCUCGCUGAGUUAGUGCAGAAGCUCUGUGUUGCUGCCUCCUUCCCUCUGUCUGCCUGUGUGUGUCUGUCUCUCUCUCACACCACAGGCCUGUCUGCACUCUGAUCUUGUAGCUCAUUUAUAGGGAUGUGUGUGUCAACACGCGUCCACCUGUGUGUCUCUCUGUCUUGUGCUCCCCUCUCUCUUUCUCGCCUACUGCCUUUGGGGAGAUCAGAUCGAUUGCCCUCUCCACUGCUCUGAUCAGGCCACCAUGCAGCCUGGGGCAGUAAAAUGUGAAGCCCCACCCCACCCCACCUCAUCGGGGGUGGCAAAGCUUACGUUAGUUUGGGGACGGGAGGGGUGGGUCUGACCAGCUGAAGAAGUAGCCUCCUCCUUUCCUGGGAGACAGAAACUGGUCUCUUCCCGAGCCUUCCUGUAAAUCCCCUCCCUGGCCGUCUUUUCUGUUUGACCUGAUAACGGUCUGCUUUCUGUGUCGCGGCGUCUUGCAGCCAAAAUCGGAGGCAGUCGUGGGAGAGCAUUUCAGGCGACCCCUCUGUCUCUGCCGCUCCCACGUUCCUCCCCCUCUCUCCGAUGAAUUCCCCCCCCCCCCCC